AGUGCGCAUGUUGCACCUCACGUACCUCAGGCAUAGGACAUGAAGACGAAAAUAACUGUAAAGAAGGAUAAAUAAAAGUCAACUUUGAAGGCAUACAUUGAAGAUGGAUGAAGAGAGCCAGAGGGCAGGAGAACAGGAUGAAAUAGUCAGACCAGGGUGUGAAUCAGAUCCAGCACACAUCACAGAUGUUGCUGCACUAAAUAAGUCACAGUCAGAUGGCCAUUUAACACAUUUUUUGCAACCAAUAGAUUCAGACCAAAACAUUGAAGAAAUAGCUUCAGAAGGUCCCAGACAGAAACAGACUGAGGAUAUUUUAGAUGGUUUCAGCCAGGCUAGCACUGAACAAACCUUAUCUGAUACACAUCAGGUUGCUUCUACUGUUGGCAUUCAACAAAAUGCUGAUGAUGCACCAGUCAUUAGUAAUGCAACAUUAGUCUGUCCUGACUCCACUCAUUCAGCUGAUUCUGAUUCUAGCUCGCCUAGUGUUCUGGCAGAUAAACAUUCAAACACAGAAGAGUGUCAGAUACACCCUUUUCAGCCACCAUCAGAACUAGUUGGGCCUGUAGAUAGUGCAUUAUCACUUGUUGGCAAUGACCGAGAAGACGCUAUCAGCCAAAGUAUCGAGCAUGUGACAGGUUUUGUUACAUUCAAAUCUACAGAUUCAAUUAGAAGUAAUAACCCAGUCUUGUCAAAGGCAGCUGUUAGCCAACACUUGUGUGAUCUUAAUAAUGCUCAUAGUGUUGAAGACUCAGUUCAUGAAACUAAUAAUAUUGCUGAGGACAGAGUUCUUGAAAUCAUAUAUACAACACCAUCAAAGUCAGAUUGUUCUUCAGACAUGCCUUCACCAUCAGACAAUUCCGUAGAAAGUUUUUCAGAUUGUACCCAACUGGACCAGGAUUCAGACUUUCAGCCAAUUAUUUUAGAUGUACGUGGAGCUUGUCCAGAUGAUGCAGAAAGUCUGAUGGAAGAUUCUAUCACAGAAGAGAGUCAGACAGCUGACAUAGAGGUUGGUAACACUAUAGAGAGUCAGACAGCUGACAUAGAGGUUGGUAACACUAUAGAGAGUCAGACAGCUGACAUAGAGGUUGGUAACACUAUAGAGAGUCAGGUUUCCAACACUAGGACUGCCACUAAAAUGUUGAAAGACAUCAUCCAUCAGGUGAAGUUGACAGAUUUGAACAAGAAAGAUUCAGACCAACUUGAUGCCAGACCAAGUCUUCAAUCACCUAAAGCCAAUAAUUUGAGUACUUUAUUAACUUUGGCUAAAAAAUCAGCUGAAACAGAUGCAAAAAAAAGUCUGAUACCAGCUCCUAAACAAAUUUCUCCAAAACCGCCAGCUCAUGUUGUAAUCACCGACCAAGUUUCACCAUUGGCUGACCAUUUGCCAGCUACAAGUGUGGAGAGCACCCCACUGACCGGCAGCCUGUCUCUGGCUGUAAGUGACUCUGCCCCAAUGACCAGCUCUGUUAACAACUACUGUCUUAUAGUGCCUGGCAAGCAAUCAGCCCCACACAAAAAUAUUGCCUUACUAAUACCACAGAUGGACCUUGUUAACUUUACUAAUGGCAAGCAAGUGGCUAGUCAGAGUUCAAAACCAUCACAGAAUAAAAGACAGAAAAAACAUGUGUGUUGUUUUCACAAAGUGCCUGUAGUGAAAACAUACAUUUCUGCUUUUUCUGAUAGAAUAACUCAGAUGAUAGCAAGCACUUUGGAUAAGUUUCAGAUCAAGACCAAAGACUUGAAGAGCAGUCAAAUCCUGGAUGUUCCCCCCAGCUGGGAGCUGGAGCAGCACAAACAUCCUGACUUGACCUGCUACUGUUCUGUCUGUGGGGAGGGCUUCUAUCAACCUGCUGGCCUCAACUUACACCUGGCACGCAACAUAUUCCAUAUUCAAUAUCAAUGCCCUCCCUGCAAAACUUUUCUAAGUUUCUACAACAAAUGUUCCCUCUGGAUGCAUGUACGAAAUGUCCACCAAGAAACUGCUAUCAGGUAUGAGAAGAUUACACUUUUCAAGCCAACCAGUUUUGUCAAUGAACCUGAUAUUCCACAUUUUUUCACCAACUGUCUUGCUGCUGAAAGCACCGCAGCUCUUGCUGCUGAAAGCACCGCACCUCUUGCUGCUGAAAGCACCGCACCUCUUGCCUCUCCUCCAGUAAUCAAUCCAACAAGCCAAGUUGUGAGCACCCAGGACUACCAGCGCGCUUCUCUCACUGUAGGCAUCUGUGGCAAUCACGCUCUCAAGCACAGUGAAAAAAGAAGCUUCUCUUGCUGCUCAGUGUGCCAGCAAAUAUUUGCGUCUUCAGUGGACGGCAAGACAGCCCAGUUGUCAUCAGACAUGACCCUCUGCUGUACCACCUGUGGCAUGAAUCUGCCUAGUCUCUGUGCCUUUAAAGCUCACAGGAAGAUUCAUUUAAAAACGGAAACUGUCAUUUGUCCUGAGUGUGGGGAGAUGAAGUUCAAAAGUGAUGACCCCAGCCAGGAUGGGAAGAAAGCUGCCUUUGACCAUUUGGAUGCUUGCAAACACUUCAACAGAGUUGUCGUCAUUUCUUGUUUGUGUGGGGAAGAAUUUCUUUAUGCGAAACAGUUAGCCCAGCACUUUGUGGAUAUACACUUGAAAACUUUGUACAAGUGCAAAUAUUGUGUUCUAGCCUUCACCCAGAGUGAGCACCUACAGGCACACAUUGAAGCUUUUCAUAAAAGCAUUCUCCACUUUGACUUUAUUGAAAUAUCAAUACUGUGCUCAUUUUGUCAACAGAUUUUCAGAACUAUUCAUGAAGUUAAAACACAUGUAGAAGGCCACAUCUUAAAGGUCAAAUGCAAAGGGAUCUUUAAAUGGAAAUGUUUCUUGUGCUCAAAAGUGUUUAAAAAGAAAGAAAACUUGAUUCACCAUUCAGAUAAAGAGCACCCACACAAGCCUAAGAGGUGUACCAACUGUUACAGUUUAUUCUGUAGUAGAAAAAAUCUGGUGGACCACAUUAUGCUGAAGAAAUGUGCCAAAUCAACACAGUUAAUUUUUCACCAGUGUGUUGACAUUGAUCCCUAUAUUGAUAUUAAAGACGUCAACUACUCCAAGCUAUUUACACUGAUGAGGAAAGCCCCAGCCCCCACUGGUGAAAAAUCUCCAGCCUCCAGUUCUGGUAAAUCCCCAGCCUCCACUGCUGGUAAAUCCCCAGCCCCCACUGCUGGUAAAGCCCCAGCCCCCAGUACUGGUAAAUCCCCAGCCCCCAGUACUGGUAAAUCCCCAGCCCCCACUGCUGGUAAAUCCCCAGCCCCCAUUUCUGGUAAAGCCCCAGCCCCCAUUUCUGGUAAAGCCCCACUCCCCAGAGUUGGUAAAUCCCCACAAGUUGUGUCUAAAACUUCCACUCAGACCGCCCCCUCAUCUGGUAGAAUGUUGAUUAAAAUAGCCCCUAAAGUGAAGCCAUCAAGUUCAGGAGAUGCACCAGGAUCUGUAGAGCAGCAGAGCAGGUCUGAGCAGCUUGAAGCUCCAGCUGCAGUAAUAAACCAGUGCCACUCUUGUAAGAUACUGCUGCUGGGCACACGCCACCAUCUAGUUCACAUGAAGAAACAUGAAGCCAAGGGGGAAGCCACCAAUCUUGCUGCUACAACAUGUGUUAUUUGUCAACAGCUAGUAGAUAACUCUGCUCUGAUCAAUCACUUAAAAAAUCACCAAAGCCAAGGAAAGAUUAUCUGCUGCAGAUGUCAGAGGACAGAUUUUCCCUCAAUGGCAGAGGCUGUAAAACAUGCUGAGCAUUUCUGUGGAUACCGGCUAGUGUUGAGUUCAGACCCAGAAGACAUCAUGCUGAUGACAAACAGAGCCAAGACAGAUACACCUCACGCUGCUGACAGCAGUGCCAUUAAAGAUGCUGAUAAGAGCAGUUUCAAUAAAGAUGCUGAUAAGAGCAGUGCCAAUAAAGAAGUUGAUAACAGUAGUGCCAAUAAAGAAGUUGAUAACAGUAGUGUUAGUGAAGAAGCUGAUACAUCUAUAGAAGAACAAGCUGCUGAAGAAAGUGAAAUAGAAGCAGAUAUAAGCCCAGCCCAGAAUUCUCUGUUCCCUUGUCUUCUGUGUGGAUUAGCGUUUGAGAGCUUGUCAAGCCGGGAGGAUCACAUCAGCAGGUCUCACGAUGGCACCAAGAUGGUCUAUCGCUGCCUCAAGUGCAAGAGGAAAGAUAACCCAAAGCAGUUUAGUAAAAAGGAAAGUGUGGCUCGGCACAUCAUUAAGAAACACAGAAUUGUAGGCAGAGCAGACGUGGAGAAGUUUAUUGGAGGAGAAGAGCAUAAUGCCAGCAGUGGCCAGAAGUUACCUGAAGCAGAGGCUUCAAGUCUAGAAACUUGUGAUGCCACUCCCCCCAAAAGGCUGCGUAUUGCAGAAAAAGGAGACUUCCUAUGUGGCAAAUGUGGGCUGACUUGCUGCGAGUAUGAAGAGUUCUCCACCCACAUCCUGACACACAAUGGCAACAAGGAGCCCCAGUGCCCAGAGUGUGGGCUGUGUUUUACUGUUGUGCCUGCCUUGAUGAAGCACCUGAGGGUGGUACACAAAAUUAAAGCUGUUGAGGAGUUUUUAAAGUCUAAAUGUAUUCUUAUUCCCGACCUGGCUGAAGACGAGGGCCUGGAGGAUGAAAUAUUCCCCCAGCCUAAAGUCAAGCUGGUCAAGUUUGUUAAUUGUAUCCCCGUAGUGCGCAGGAUAUCCACCAAUCCUCUGGAGUGUACUGUCUGCUACAAAGUUUUUGAUACAGAGACUGAUUUAAAGACGCACAUGAGAAACCAUGGCAUGGCGUUUAUUAAAUCUAAAAGGCAUAAGCCGUAAUUUGUUUGAUUGAGAAAUUGUCUAUUUUGCAAUAAUCUGAACUAAUGCACAUUUUUAUUUACCCCAUAUGUACUUUCUUUAACCAAGAAUAUUUCUGCUGUUUAAACAUUUGCUAAUGUCUGACAGAAUGCACCACACUUUUUAUAAUAUUGAUUCAAAAUUCUUCACAUAACUACUUCACUUAUGUGUUGCAAUUUUUUUGUUACUUUAUUUUAAAAUUAUUUGUUAGCAUCUUACAUUCUUCCCAAGGCUUGAUUUUGUUUUUAUUUUGUUUGAUAGAUUUGUUGUAUUAUUUGCAGUUAUAGAUACUGUCAUAUGAUUGUAAAGAGAGGUUAGCUGUGUAAUGUUUAAUUUGUUUUGUUUACAUUCCAGAAUGUAGCCAACAAACUAUAGAAACAUCAGCUGUCUAAUGUUUUGUUUACAUUCCAGAAUGUAGCCAACAAACUAUAGAAACAUCAGCUGUCUAAUGUUUUGUUUACAUUCCAGAAUGUAGCCAACAAACUAUAGAAACAUCAGCUGUCUAAUGUUUUGUUUACAUUCCAGAAUGUAGCCAACAAACUAUAGAAACAUCAGCUGUCUAAUGUUUUGUUUACAUUCCAGAAUGUAGCCAACAAAACACAAACUAUAGAAACAUCAGCUGUCUAAUGUUUUGUUUACAUUCCAGAAUGUAGCCAACAAACUAUAGAAACAUCAGCUGUCUAAUGUUUUGUUUACAUUCCAGAAUGUAGCCAACAAACUAUAGAAACAUCAGCUGUCUAAUGUUUUGUUUACAUUCCAGAAUGUAGCCAACAAACUAUAGAAACAUCAGCUGUCUAAUGUUUUGUUUACAUUCCAGAAUGUAGCCAACAAAACACAAACUAUAGAAACAUCAGCUGUCUAAUGUUUUGUUUACAUUCCAGAAUGUAGCCAACAAAACACAAACUAUAGAAACAUCAGCUGUCUAAUGUUUUGUUUACAUUCCAGAAUGUAGCCAACAAAACACAAACUAUAGAAACAUCAGCUGUCUAAUGUUUUGUUUACAUUCCAGAAUGUAGCCAACAAAACACAAACUAUAGAAACAUCAGCUGUCUAAUGUUUUGUUUACAUUCCAGAAUGUAGCCAACAAAACACAAACUAUAGAAACAUCAGCUGUCUAAUGUUUUGUUUACAUUCCAGAAUGUAGCCAACAAAACACAAACUAUAGAAACAUCAGCUGUCUAAUGUUUUGUUUACAUUCCAGAAUGAGAGAAUGUAGGAGGAUUCAGAUUUUGAAAUAGUUUGACUACACAGGCCCAAGUGUUUUGGUAACAAACACUAAAGCAUCUUUAAAAAAAAAUGUUUUAGAAUGAAGAUGGGAUCACAAUGAACUGUGCAUCUUUCGAACUAAGCAAGAGGAAUGAUUAAUCUGGCAUGUUUUUUACAGUGAGUUGAAAUCCAAGUCAGUCUCAAAAUAGUUAGAUGUUUUCUAAAACAAAGCAGGGCCAUUUUCUUGUGAUAAAAUUUUGUUACUCAAACAUUCUGAGUGCAGUAAAGUCUUCAGUUUGUUAUUAGUUUUAAGCGAUUUCCCAACAUUUCAAUACACUAAUAUCACUGAUAGUUUAUUACUUGUAAAAAAGUUUUCAGUUUUGUAUUUUUUUGCCUCCACAUAUCCUGAAAGCCUUAAAAUACAGCCACAACUUUUUGAACUUGUUUGUUCUUGCUGCUGUCCAGUUGUUACUUAUGGGCUCUGUUAUGUAGUUCCUACUACACUAGACUUCAGGAAAUAAAAGAAGAAACUUGAUGAUCUCGCUUUUAUUUUAAUAGUUUGUCAUAUAAUAACUGGGUAGUGUCAGUGUUCCUGCAAGACCAUGAGAGUCACACUGACUUCAUGAAUCAAUGUUUCACAAACAGAACAUUUUAUUGAAGUUUCUUCAUCAGUUCAAUCACUUUUAAAAUAUGAGGUGCUAAGCAUUACUUUAGAUGCAUCUAUCCACACUGACCCAUGGAUUACUAGUGAUCCAAGCUAUCUAUCCACAUUUGAGCU